GAUGUGUGGCAGUAUCACGCCUGCCAGCCUUAGAACUUCGAAAUCGACUAUCCAUGAUACAUUGACGCGAACAUUCAUGCAGAUCAUGCACUGGGGAUAUACGUACGGUGUCACAGACCACCUGACCGCGAUGAGCAGAUGUGGGGCUUUUGUUGUGUCGGAACUUCCCAUAAGGAAAUCAGGAGCUGCGCAGGCCGGCCAGCCGACAGCGCCUUCCCUCGCCCUUUCAGCCUUGCCUGCAGCUUUUCUAACUUCCUACCACGAGCGUUACCCUGGUUUUGCUGACAAGCUUUGCAGGCCGCAGCUGGCAGCGGUAUCAUGGACCCCAAUGUCAUUCAGCCCAGACAGCAGACCACUGCAGCCACUGCAGCCGGUAGCAGUGCUACUUCUGCUUCUGCCUCAGCAACAACAUCCCAGUUCACUCUUCCCGCCAACGCAGCGCCCGGUCAGAUCGUCUUCACACAGCCUCCCCUGCAAUCGACUUCGUACUACAAGAUCGCCUCAGGGGAAUACAUCACCUUUGGCUGGAAUUUCACCGGCCUAUACGUUACACCCACAUCUCUGACGGUUUCUGCGGCUUGCGAGAAUGGGAACACGUAUCCUGUGGGUCCAUCGAAUGGUGUAAUACCCGGGAACGCACAGAGUGUAGUGUGGUACCCAUACGGUUACCAAACUGCAAAUCCGUCCCUACCCCUUGCUCAAGCGACCUAUACUCUCCAAAUAUGGGGCGAUCAGGGUCCGAGUGCUGCCCCAACAGCAGGGUAUUUGGAGGCCAACAGUGAAUUGCAGUUUGCCCUGUACACGCCACAGCCAUAUACGCCAUUAGCCAGUGGCUGGCAGUGUACAGGUUGUGGGGGUGCUUUGGCACAGCUCUCAGCACAUCCUGCGUCCGUCGCUCUCGUGACAACGUUGCUUGUUGUCUUCCUUUCGGGCUUUACCACCUUGCGGAGAGUCUGGAUAUGAAAAACUCUACUUGACCGCUUUUAUCUGCUUGGCGGCUCUGGUGCCACAUGUCUUUCAUUAUGCUCACGUUCUUCGACCAGUUGGACUUGAUGGACUACUCACUGGACAAUAUAGCAUGUAGUACAUUUUUGGUUUCACUGAUACUCCCGCAUGUUGUUGCAACACUACUA